CGGCGAGAAGUUUUGCAGCGGCGGCGGCGGAAGAACGGAAGUCUCGCCGGCGCGCGAGCAGACCGUUUUGUGCCCUUAAGAUUUUAGGGUUUUGGUUCCUUUUGAGCCGGUUCGAAAUCUCUGUAGUCGCUCCGCCAGUUCUCCCAAAACCUAGUUUAAUGGCUCACAUCUCGAUAUCGGCGAUGACUCGUGGAAAGAUCUAGGAAGAAAGGGUCGUGCGUUGCUUCUCAAUCUCGAGCAUCGAAAAUGCCUUGUUCACGUAGCAUAGCCGCAGGACUUCGAACCUAUUAUUUCUGUUGUCUGAAUUAUAUAAGAGCUAUUUGUUGUUCAGGGCAGGAUUUCUGAGGUACAUUGAGUUGAGUUAGUUAGUUGCUUGAAUGUUGGGAAUCUUAGAGAAUUCUUUGAAAUAUCUUGAGAAAUGCACAACAUUGAGAUCAUUUCUGCAAGUUCAUGCUCAAAUAGUCAUCAAGGGCUUCGACCGUGAUAAUUAUGCGGCCGUCAAGCUCAUAAGCUUUUGCAGUAAAAAGUUGGGCGAUCGAGAUUAUGCUCGCAUGGUAUUUGAUAACCUCAUUGAUUCAGCGAAUGUUUUUCUUUGGACCGCGAUCAUCACGUCUUACUCGAACUAUCAAUCUGAGGUGACCAGGGAGGCAAUUCUGAUCUACAGAAUGAUGCAUCAAAGAGGAGCUCAUCCGAACCCUUUUACGAUAUCUUCCGUGCUCAAAGCAUGCUCAUUUUUGAAGGCCGUGCCAGAGGGCAAUCAAGUUCAUGCUCAUUCCACUAAAUUGGGGCACAAUUCCUCCAUGUAUGUGCAAGCAACAUUAGCAGACAUGUACACGAGAGUCGGUCGUAUCCAAGAAGCUUCACGACUGUUAUGGACUUCCUCGGAGGACAAUGUUGUGUUAUGUAACACGAUGAUCUCACAUUAUUGCAAGGAAGGUGACAUGGAAGCUGCCCGUGAACUUUUCGAUAAAAUGUCUCACAAGGAUUCAGUCUCAUGGAAUGUUAUGAUAUCCGGAUACGCAGGUAUUGGAGACACUUCCACCGCUAGAAAACUGUUCGAUCAGAUGACCGAAAGAGAGAUCAGUUCUUGGAAUGCACUGAUGGCUGGAUAUUGUCGAGAUGGAGGAUGGUACGAAGUUAUGAGCCUCUUCAAGGAAAUGAACUUGAGAAAUAUAAAACCCAACCAUGUGAGCAUGGCAAUGUUGAUGUCGGCUUGCGGGCAUUUGGGAGCUUUAGAAAUCGCGACACAGCUUCAUGGGUUCUUAGCGAAAAGUUGCAUCUGGAUGAAUUGUUACGUAUUCAAUUCAUUGCUCGAUAUGUAUGCUAAAUCCGGCGAUGUUCGUGAGGCUUACAGGGUGUUCUCUGAAAUUCCCGACAAGGAUGUGGUGUCGUACAACAUAAUUAUCUUAGGUUUUGUCAGUCAUGGGCAUGAAAAAGAUGCUAUGAAAUUUUUCACUGAGAUGAUAGAAUCAGGCAUCCAACCUGAUACCAUCACUUUUCUGGGCAUCUUAACCGCAUGCAGUCAUGCUGGGUUCAUCGAUACCGGACGCGAGUAUUUUGAAUGCAUGAGCAGAGAUUACUUGAUCGAACCAUCAGCUGAUCAUUAUGCUUGCAUAGUCGAUUUAUACGGUCGGGCAGGACUUGUUAAAGAGGCAUAUGACUUUGUAAAGGCCAUGCCUAUUAAACCACAUGCUGGUGUUUGGGGAGCCUUGCUCAACGCGUGCAGGAUACACUGUGAAAUUGAUAUCGGAAUGGUUGCUGCUAGGGAACUGUUUUCCAUCGAGCCUCUAAAUCCCGGUAACUAUGUCCUCCUAUCGAACCUCUUUGCUAGAGCUAAUUUGUGGGGCAAUGUAGCCGAGAUUAGGCAUGCGAUGAGGCGGAAAGUGCCCAAAACAGCAGGAUGCAGUUGGAUUGAGGUUAAGGGCGAGGUCAAUGAAUUCUUAAUAGGGGAUGAAAAACAUCCUCACAGCAAGAGCAUCAAGGAAGUAUUGAGGCAUCUGCUUAUGCAGAUUGAAUAGGUAAUAGUACUAUCGAUCUGACUCCCCCCAUUCUGAGUGAGUCUCACUUGUUUUUUAUGACAAAUUAUGAGCAGAAGGGAAAAGCAAAACUGAUUUUGGUUGAGUUUGUUCCUGAGAUCUCUGUGCUGAUUGAAUUUCAGUGACAAUUCAGAUCGAGUUAUAUGCUUGUAUCUUUGUAUUGAGUUCGUAGAACAGCAAACCCUGUAUCCCAACUUUUUCGGAGAUACAAAAAUCUUCUCUGCUGUUUAGUUUUA